UGAUGAUUGGGUGAUGAAUGAAUCUGAUUCAUAUCAUUUUCUAAAUCUUUCAUGUACAAUGGCUACAUGGCCGCUGCCCACAGACGACGACAAAGAAAACCUCCUCCUCUCAUGUCGAUACGAUGAUCUCAACGACGUACAAGGUUUCGUAACAAAAUUCGGCUCAGACGCCCUCUCCAGCGUCCGAGACGACAACGGAAACACUGUACUACACAUGACAUGCGGGAAUGGACACAUAGACGUGCUGGAUUAUCUUCUUCCUCUUGUCUCCCCUUCCGUCCUGUCUGCACAAAAUAGCGCCGGCUCCACUGCCUUGCACUGGGCAGCGCUGAACCAGCAUCUCGAAGUAGCACAGAAGCUGGUUCAGUUUACUGGGGCAGAUCUAAUCGAUAUAAAAAAUACCGCCGGACGAUCACCCUUGGGGGAAGCUGAAAUGAUUGGAUGGGAUGAGGGCGCAAGGUGGCUUGUGCAGGAGAUGAAACUCGACGAAACAAGCCAACAUGACGUUAAUGAUAACGAAGAAGAUAGCCCCAUGGCCAUGGACCCUGCACAGGAUGUAGAAGUAGAGAUCCAAGAUGCGGAUGGCCAGGUGGCAAAGAUGACGAUAAGCGGUGGCGCAACCACCUGAUUGUUUUCCAUCACGUCAAGAUCUUGAUUCAGUCGGGUGCAUAUGAAACACAGAAGCGCUUUGCCAAGUCUGGCAACGAACCUGAGCGUUUCGCUUUUGGACGAGUACUUACAUUUCAAUUCUAUAGGUCGCGUGAAGGAUAACAUGGUGAUGGCCGGAUCGAAAUCUCCGUAGAACAGUACUAUGGAAUUGGACUUACAUCAAACUCAUAUCUGAGCAACACAACCUGAUCAUGAAGUUUAGGUGUUCGAUCCUAAUACGUUUCACCUUCUUGAAUCUUCGCGCGAUAAACGUAGGACAUUGCAUGAUGUAGAAUGGAAACGCCUAGGGCCGCGUAGCCAAAUGUCACCUAUAACACAGCACGAGUUCACAACUAUCAAAAUUACCAUGUGGUUACUGCACAAAUCAAA